AGAGCAUUAAAAUUUUGAGAUUUGUUGUUAAUUGUUAGUCACAAAGAAUAUUAUGAGAAUUUUAAACCAACAAAAAAAACUUUAUGAGAAAUUGGCCUUUUUUGAAUUAACUGUUAUAUUCAAAAUCCGCCAAUAACAUCGCUCUAAUUAUCUCUCUUUCCCAAAUCUGGAAAAUUUAGGGUUCCAACAAAAACGCGAUCGCAUUACCCAAAAAUUCAAAUUUGCAACUGAUUUCGUCCUGUUUGAAUCACUCCAAUUCUAUUGCUUUCUUCGUCGUUUGAUCCAAAACAGUGAGAAGCGAUACACCAUUUUUUCUGGGUGUGUGAAUUUUUAUUUUACCCCAAAUUAGAUUAGAGACGAUGAGCGACGUCACCGGUGAUCUCGCGGCGGUGAGUGAAGCCAAGGGAGGUUCUGACGCCGCCCGGAUAUCGGAGGUGAAGGCGUGGCUCACCUCUCAGUUCGAAGCUGUCGGCAAAGAAGUACCCAAUUUCGAGUACACUCAUCGAAGCAUUACCCAUUUGUAUAAUCUCGCUACCGCUUCUCAAGCUAAGUCUCAGGCUGCCACCAUUGUCGCUAACGAUUUUCGUCUCAAGGCUUCAGAAUAUCGUGCUCAAGCGGCUAGGAUUAGAGAGAUAUUGGAGAGUGCAGGAAUGUCACAAGAGAGCUUACCGUCAAAUGUGGUCUCUUCAGCUCAAGUUCUUGCAAAUGUGGCUAAUUUGUUGAACAUACGGGACACUGAACUGAGCAGUUUCCUUGUAGCAAUGGGAGACAUAUCUCUGAGGAAGACUGGAGUGGAAGAGAAGAGGGCUAAAGCACAGAAGGAGUCCAAUGCUCUUCUUGACUAUACAAGGAAAGCGAUACAGAGGCUGACGUAUUUGAAGAAAAUCCUUGCGCAGCUAGAAGAUGAUGUAGUCCCUUGUGAAUCACAGAUGGAGAACUGGAAAACAAAUUUGGAAGUGAUGGCGGUGAAGGAGGAACAAUACAUACAGCAGUACAAGAAGUAUGAGAUGUUACUCAAUCGUGUUGGCUACACUCCUAAGAUCAGCCACAGAGAGCUGGUAGAAAUGGCAGAGCACCGGAAGGAAUUGGACAAGAUGACAAAACCAGUCCUUGAUACUCUACGAAGCUACCAGGAUUUACCUCCGGACAAAGCUUUAGCUGCACUAGCAAUCGAAGACAAGAAAAGACAGUUUACAGCCGCGGAAAAGUAUCUAGAAGAAGUAUUACAAUCAGCCCUUGAGACAAACGAUGAGUGAUCGAUAUAAACCAGAAAAUAUUAUGUUUUGGGAAUAUGUAACAUAUGUUUUGUAAUGCAACAAUCUCUCGGUUAUUAAACUCUACUGGUGAGAUAGAUCAUUUUCUUGUUUCAGCAGUUCUUCAGUUUGUCUUUGCAGUUCUUGAGUCCGGGCAUUAGUUGCAGCUGUCACUUCUCUUAUAAGCGUGGUGAUUAGGGGAAGUAAUUUUUUGAGUUCAGAAAAACUCAAAUGGGGAAUUCUGCUUCUCUCAUACUCAAGAAGAUGUGCAAAAUCAAGACCCUGAGCGAUCCACUUAGUCUGGUCAAGUCGUUUGCGAAGAAGUUCACGUUCCUCAUUGUACUUGUCAUCAUCAUCUUCAAACACAAAGGAUCCUCCUCCAUUACCUUCCAGUACAAUUUUUGCAUGCUUGACAAUCUUUUCAGUUCUGUCAUGAUAACAACAAUUACAACACAUU